GGCAGGUAAUAAAUCAUCAUUAAUCAAGAAGAUGUCUUCAGCACCGGAAUCUCCUGCCUUUAAAAACGAACCACCCAAAGAGAAAGACUUUCAAAACCCAGGGCUCAGAGGGGUCCGCACAACAACUUUAUUUCGAGCUGUGAAUCCAGAGCUCUUCAUUAAACGUAACAAACCUGUAAUGGCUUUCGGAUUGAUAACCCUUUCACUUUGCGUGGCGUAUAUUGGUUAUCUACAUGCAACACAAGAGAAUACAAAGGACCUAUACGAAGCUGUUGAUAGUGAGCACACAGUUACAUGA